AUGCGACGCGAAUGCGAAGAUUUCAGAGGUAAGUCAAACAGCCGCACGUCCGUCACGAAAUUGGGUGAUAUGGCGCAUCCUUGCGUCAGAUGGACCAUUCUGACGCCACCGCCGCCUUCGCCCUCCAAGUUGCUGGUAUCCGUUCCAUCUCUUGAUACAGUACGCCUUCCGCACAUUCAUUCUUCUUUUGCUCGCUCUGGGGGUUGUUUCAUGAACAACGUCAUUAUCUCCGGCACUGAUACACUUGCUCACUUGGUUGGGUCGGCAUGUGUGCAAGUCGAAGCUGCCGGUUUCGAGGUCAAGAAUAUUGAUGUCCUUGGAAUGCAAUACACUAUAUCAUCACAAAAUAUGGAGGUAGUACCUGAACUGGGUUAA